AUGGCGGUAGACGCCAACGACGAUUCCAGCGCCGCAGCCGCCGAGAUGGAGGACUCCCUGCGGUCGCUGGUGCAGUACUACCUCGAGAACCUGAUGCACGCCAACGCCACGUUCCUGGGCGAACGUCUUGUGGCUUGCAACCCCAGGGAGGAGAACGUGCUGCUCCUGGCCACCUGCCACCUUAUGAACAAGUCAAAGCUGACGGCGCACGCGUUGCUGCAGGGCUGCCGCCUUCCCGAGAGCAGGUUCCUGCUGGCCUACUGCUGCAUUGACCUGGGCAAGUUCGCCGAGGCCGAGCGUGUUUUGCUGGAGGGGACCGGCAUCUUUCACAAGGGCCCCAAGGAGGGCCGCGACGAGAUCCUGGCCGAGCCUUGUCCCAUCCCUCACGGUGCCGCCGGCCUCAGGCUUCUGGGUGAGAGGGUUGUUGCUUUUGUUGCUGCGGCUGCUGCGGUUGCUGAAGUCUGUCGUAUAUACUGCAGUAGUUGCGCUUAA